AUGGAAACCAAACAAUCAAGAAUCUCAACCUACGACAAAUACAAACAGCCAACAAGAUCCCUUCAGGUGUGUUUUGACCAGGUGACAGAGGUACGAGGGUUCAAUGACUCACAGAAGGAGGAGUACUUCAGGAAGAGAUUCAGUGAAGAGGACCUGGCCAGCAGAAUCAUCUCACACAUAAAGACAUCAAGGAGCCUCCACCUCAUGUGUCACAUUCCUGUCUUCUGUUGGAUUUCUGCAACAGUCCUUGAACACAUGCUGAACCAUAAGAGAGAAGAGAUGCCCAAGACUCUGACUGAGAUGUACACACACCUUGUGGUGUUUCAUACCAAACAGAAGAAUGAAAAGUAUCUUGGGAACGAAGAGACAGGUCCACACUGGAAUAAAGAGAGCAUUCUGUCACUGGGAAAACUGGCUUUUCAACAGCUUGUGAAGGGCAAUCUGAUUUUCUAUGAAGAAGACCUGAAAGAGGCUGGCAUUGAUGUCAAUGAAGCCUCAGUGUACUCAGGAUUGUGCACACAGCUCUUUAAAGAGGAAUGUGGGCUGUACCAGGACAAGGUGUACUGCUUCGUACAUCUGAGCAUUCAGGAGUUUCUGGCUGCUGUAUAUGUGUUCCUCUCAUUCAUCAACAACAAUGAGAAUCUAAUGGACAAACUGCAUUCAACGUCCUUUUCUGUGAAGAAAAGACGCAAGCGUAAAGUUACUGUCUACAAGAGUGCUUUGGAUGAGACUUACAAAGUGAGACAGGACCUGGACCUUUUCCUCCGCUUCCUUCUGGGCCUCUCACUGGAGUCCAAUCAGAAGCACUUACAAGGUCUACUGACAAAGUCAAGCAGCUCACAGAGCCAUGAAGAAACAGUGAUGUACAUCAAGAAGAAGAUCAGGGAGAAUCCUCUCCAGAGAAGAGCAUCAAUUUGUUCACCUGUCUGAAUGAACUGAAUGACCAUUCUCUAGUGGAGGAGAUCCAAAGCUACCUGAGCUCAGGAAGUCUCUCAGAAGCCAACCUGUCACCUGCACAGUGGUCAGCUCUGGUCUUUGUGUUGCUGACUUCAGAAAAGGAGCUGGAUGUGUUUUGA